AUGUACGACUUCGACGGAGGACCUUACCCCGCACGUGUGCGCAUUGCGAUUGCAGAGCUGGAUCUGCUGGAACGUUUCGACAAGUGGGUUCGUGUGGACUUGCGGGACGGAACUCACAAGACUCCUCAAUUUAUACGUCUCAACUACUCUGGGACCCUGCCAGUCGUGGAGCUGAAGGAUGGAACUUACAUUGCCGAGUGUGUUGCCAUUACGCAGUUUCUCGAUGACCUCAAGGAGGAGCGUCAACUGACUGGCAGAACACCGAAAGAGCAAGGCUUGAUCCACAUGUUCACUCGCAGAGUGGAGCUAGAGGUGAUGAAUCCUAUCAGUACUUACUUUCACCAUGCAACACCUGGUCUUGGACCCAAGGUUGAAAUCUACCAGAACAAAGACUAUGGUCUCAACCAGCGAGACAAGGCCCUGGCAGGUCUUCACCACUUCAACAAGAUUUUGGCAGAUAAGGAGUUCAUCACAGGAGAGUACUUGUCAAUGGCUGACAUUGCCUUGAUUGGGGCUCUCAUCUUCUUCCAUCUCCUCAAGGUGGAUAUCCCCGAGGAGUGUGAGCAUGUCUCGGCCUGGUUCAAAAAGAUGCAGGAACGUCCAAGUGUGCAAGGACAGCUUGAGAUGUUUGAAAGUCGUCGUGUGUAG